AUGCUCAAAUUUUCAACACAAACAAAACAAAAAUCAUUUUCUUCUUUAUUUAAAAAUAAACAACAAUUAAAUUGUUCGAAUAUUGCCGGGCCAAGUAAUGGAAAUAAUAAUACUCAAGGAGGAGAAAAUUAUGUGCCAGCACCAACUGUAGCAGUACUCUCAACUGUUAAUACUCAACCUUUAACUAUAAUUCCAAUUUAUGGAAGUCCAACACCUCCAAUUCCACGGAGAUUAACUCUCUCAAAUCAAACAGCAAAACAACAAAGAUUUUCCAAUUCCUCCUCUCAGUCAACUUCAACAACAACAAUUUCCCAAUCAGUUCCCUCAUCCUCAACAACAACAACCUCUUCAUCUUCAUCGAUAUCUCCAUCUUCCAAAACAUCAUCCUCAUCAUCCCCACCAUCCUGCCCUCCACCAUCAUCGUCUUCUGGUUCAUUAGGAUCUAUAUUAACAAAUAGCAACACAAGUAGUAAAUCUUCUCGAAUUUUUCCCUCAACCCGGUUCUUCAUUGCUCUACUGCUUUGUCUUUGUUAUAUUUCUUUAAGUAUCUCGACUUCAAAUAUUUCUGUUUCCAUGGUUUGUAUGAUAAAAAGAACAUCAGCGCAAUUCCAACAAGUGCAACAACAACAACAAAUGCAAUCAUUACAACCUAACAACAAUAAUAAUCAAAAUAAUAUGCAAUAUGGAAUUAAUCAAAUAAAUGAACAAGAAAAAGAAAAAUCUGAUGUUUUUAUUUUAUUAAGGAGGAGAAAAAGGGAAAAAGAUAAUAUUCAACAACAACAACAACAAAUAAAUUCAACAUCAACUUCAAAACAAUUAUUAACAGAAAAACAAAGUGAAUGUGCCAAUAGUCGUAGAAGAAGAAAACAUUUAAAUAAUAAUAAUAGAGAAAUACGUUCAACUGUUUAUUUUGAAAGUUGCCAUGAAGCAGAAAAACUUUCUUGGAGUUCUACUGAUCAAGGCAUUGUUUUUGCAGCACAAAAUGCUGGUUCUCUUUUCAUGUUAUUUACAGGAGCUCAUGCUGAUCGACUUAACAGUAAAUGGACAAUUAGUGGUGCACUAAUACUUCUCGUUCUCAGCAAUGCAUUACUCCCACUAGUUGCAUCCAUUUCCGUUUGGUUAGUAGUUGUUGCACGUUUACUCACUGGCCUUUCAGACGCUCUUUUGCAACCAUCAACAUCAAGUCUAAUUACUCGUUGGUUUCCUCCAAAAGAACGUCCAUUCGCUAUUGGGCUUAUAACUGGUGGACGUCAAAUUGGUUGGUUGGUAAAUUAA